CAAAGGAGCACGGGCAAGCGGUGGCCACCUACUCGCUGUUCUUCGAGCGAUCGAAGCAACAGCAGGAGUAGCAGCAGCGGCAGCAGCAGGAGCAGAAGCAGCAGCAGAAGCAGCAGCAACAGCGGCGGCAGCAGUAGGAGCAGCAGCAACGGUGCGAGCAGCAGAAGUCCGAGUCCGUCAAAGUCAGUGACCGGCAGCACGCAGCUGCGGGACGAUGCGACGCCAGACGGACGGCUACCGGCGUCGCCGUUACUACAAGGCUCGCCCUUGUGCUACGAAGAAUCCAUGUACGACUCACCCCCUCCACCAGAGGAAGAAAACACAAUGGAGCAUCUGGAAAAUUUGAACAUGCUACUCAAGCAGCAACUCGACGUUAAUCAUCAAUUAUCGGAGGACGAUGUGGCUGCCGACGCCGAGAUCCCGGAAUCGCCAUUGGACGUCGCACUUCUUCAAUCACCUGCUGUCAAGGAAGGCGCCGACGAGUCUUUACAAGGUGAAGUGUCAUCGGUUGACAUGCAGCGGCGCGAUUCGGUCAGUAGCGUGGGUGGUGGUGUGUUUGUCGCGGUGGAACUCUCGGGUGAUGUAGCUGUCACAGAAGUAGUAGCAGAAGAUGUAGCUGUCACAGAAGUAAAAGAAGAUGUAGCUGUCACAGAAGUAGUAACAGAAGAGGUAGCAGAAGAGGUCACCGAAGAUUUCUGUCCGCGUGACAUAAGGCGCAAAAAAAAGAAAGCGGCCAACAAGCCGAGGAGCUCGCCCGAUGCGGUCGACGGGCGUCUACCUAAAGAUCUCAUGCUAGAAUUUCUAAACGAACAACAGUCGUCGUCGUCGCAGCGUGAAAAAAAAAGAAAGACGAGCAGCGAAAGCUGCGAUGAGCCACAAGAAGUAACAACAAAGAAACAGCGAGUGGUCGAAGAAGAGACCGAAGAAGAACAACAACAGCAAAAAAAAAUCAAACAAGGCAAAGCAGAGGAAGAGGCGCGGCAAGUCGGUCGUGCCGGCAGAAGUCGCCGAACUGUCAGAGCAGAAGCUAGAAGACGAAGUCGAGCGGAGUGAAUUUAUGCAACUGGCCAACGGUGGCACGCA